AUGACCCCUGAAACUGCCCGCAGCACGGUGCGGGGCAGAGGAACUACCCGAGGUGCCCCAGGAGUAAGAACAGCGCCGGGCAUGAAGCACUGGGCCCGCAUCAGCCCCCCGCCCCCCGAGACCCUACCCUACGAGCCUCACCUUCUCUCAGCUGACCCAUGUGCUCCCCACUUCAGGACCAGCGGAGACACCGAGUCCGGGCAGGUCCCCGAGGCCCACAGGCUGACUCCAUUCAUUCCCCGCCCACCCCCCCCCCCGACCCCUCUCAUCAAGCUCUGGCACCAACCCCGACCCCUCAAUCCGGACCUGCCUCUCCCGCGGAGGAUCUCUCCUCGGCUCUCCACACCCUGCGGGAACCUGUCACCCCACCGAGCAAGGGGCUGGCAAAGCGGCCCACCUCACCCCCUGUCCUCGGCACCGCGGCCCGGGGGAGUGCAGCGGUCCCCUCCGCCGCCGAGGAGGAGCCAAGUGCCGACCAGGGCCUCCUCUCUUCCCCCAGAAACCCGCCAACCCCCGUCAGGCCCCGUCGGAAAUAGCGACUGUUUACCUCACAGUUCCUCCAGCCUACAGGGCGCCGCCAUCUUGGACGUACAGCACCUCCCCCCCGUCGUGAAAUGUCCACGGCCGCUGCAGCCUCCGCCACGAAAAAGAGUCCCCAGCCGCGCCUCGCCUCGCCCUCGAACCCGACGACCGUUGACCGUGGUCGCCUGCCCCUUUGGAAAGAAGGGGCCGUUUUGCUCAUUACUGGUGGUGCUAACCGGUCGUGAAAGAGCCAAGAAGAGUUGUAAGGCAAACCAGCUAUCUUGUGACGUGAAGACACCCCAGAACCUCAUCCACUGGUCCUCCUCCAGGAUGCUGCCCAUUCCCAUCGAGAGAGUCGUGGCGGCGAGAGGAUGGGAGGGUUGAGCUCACGGACUGAGGGGGAGACUGCCUGUGUGGUGCCCAAGAGCAAAGGACCAAUAAA